AUGCAUACCUCGUGCCUCAGAUCCAGUGCCCCGCGGUCUAUCCCGCUCUACAACGUCCUCUGGGCUGAGCUCUCAGCUGACCAGCACACCCUGACCGUUGAUUACGCCGAGAAUGUCACCGAUGUGCAGCUGCAGGCUGCUAAGCUGUCGUUCUCGACCACGCUCACAGCAGCAGCAACAACCUCAGCGCCCGGAGAGGGGGAGGAUUCGUCCGCUCCUGCGGACUCCGAGGCCAUCACGAGAUGGGUCGAUACACUCAUGAGCCGUGCAUACGGCCCAGCACCACGAUGCAAGACCGCCUAUGUGCUCGUCAAUCCCCACGCCGGACCCGGCGGCGCACAGAAGAAGUGGGAUCACCAGGUCAAGCCCAUCUUCGAGGCUGCCCGUAUGCCCAUGACGAUCCACACGACCACGCGCUCCGGGGAGGCUCUGGACCUGGUGCGCCAGAUGGACAUAGACAAGUUCGACAUUGUUGUCCCCUGCAGCGGCGACGGGCUGGCCUAUGAGGUUUACAACGGGCUAGGCAGCAGGCCCGAUGCCAGCCGCGCCCUCCACAAGAUCGCCGUGGCCCAUGUGCCCUGCGGCAGCGGCAAUGCCUUGGCCUGCAACGUCUUCGGCACCCACCGGCCCUCUCUGGCCGCCCUGGCCAUCGUCAAGGGCGUGCCCACCCCGAUAGACCUAAUCAGCAUCACCCAGGGCGGCACACGCACCCUGUCCUUCCUCAGCCAGACCCUGGGCGUCAUGGCCGAGGCCGACCUGGCCACCGAGCACCUGCGCUGGAUGGGUAGCGCCCGGUUCAUGUACGGUGCCCUCACCCGCAUCCUCAAGAAGAAGGAGUACCCCUGCGAGCUGUACGUCAAGAUGGAGGUCGAGCACAAGGAGGGCGUGCGGGAUCACUACAAGAGACACAGGGAGGGCAGCGUCGUGGGCCCGGACCUCGCCGCGGCGCCAUCUUUGGACAGGGAGGGCCAGGCGGGCGAGAAAGGCCUCCCGCCGCUGAGAUACGGCACCACGGACGACAAAAUCCCCGAGGACUGGGUCAAGGUGGACGCCGACAAGAUCGGAACCAUCUUCACCGGCAAUCUCGCCUGGAUGGCACCUGACGUACUCUUUUUCAACGCCGCCCUGAUGAAUGAUGGAUUUCUAGACGUCUACAUUAUCAAUGCCGACGUGCCCUUUUCCAAGGUUCUUGGCCUGUUCGCGUCCAGCAGUGAUAACACGUUCAUCGACCACCCCCUUGUCAAAUACUUCAAAGUGUCGGCAUUCCGCAUUGUCCCCAAGUACGAGCACGGGUACAUCAGCAUCGACGGCGAGAAGGUGCCGUUUGAGCCAUUCCAAGCCGAAGUGCAUCCUGGGCUGGGCAUGGUGAUUACCAAGAGAGGCACAGUGGAAGCACCGGGGCCCAAGAACUGGGAUAAGGUCACUCCGGCCCAGCGGCUGAUGGCUUGA